GAGCUGUAAUAUGAAAUAUUAAUGAAUUUAUGAAUAUUGAGAAGUGUGAAGUCUCGCGAGACUUGGGGAGGUCAACAGGUGUCACAACUUUCAGGUGUUUCAAAAUGGCGUCCACGGUUUCUGUGACAACGGACCAAGCCAAAACAAUAGCGGCUCAGCCGGCAGAAGAAGGUAAGAAGUCCCUGAUGAAGGUGCUAGGCUGGCAGCCGUACGAUCCAGAGGACGACAUGAGGCAGGACAUCUUACUGGACUACCUGUACGACAACUUCAUGUUCGCGGUGGGGAAAGGUUUCCCCUGGUCUCAGGCUGUGCUGUGCAUGGAGCUGGCUGCCCAGAUGCAGAAGGAGUGUCAAGGUCUUCCUCUAGUUGAAGCCAUCAAACACUACAGCACCAAGUCCCAGCCGUACGCACAGAGACUCGGUGACAGGAACUUCAAGAUGUUCACGGACCAGUUCUUCCAGUCGUACAUGCAGCACUACAGACUGUACCAGUACGUGUUUGGGAGGGACAGGGACGGUUGGGUGUCCCAGUACGAUCUAUUAGUGGAGCCUCCCCCAGAACCCAUGCUCUUCAAGGAAGGAAAAUCUUUCAAGCAGUGGGACUACGAGCGUCAGGUCGUUGAACUGCAGACGAUGGAGGCAGAGAGGAGGAAACUACGGGAGGCCCAGAAGCAGAGUUUGGAGGUUGAAGGGGACAAACUCGUCCAGGAAGCCUUCAGCAGGCUGGAGGGAAUAGAAGGCCCAGUGGAUAGAGAGACAUUAGCAAGUGUUGUGGGAGACAGCAUCACAGCGCAUGUGACAGUCACACGAGACAAGCUGAGGACAAGUAUUGAGGAGGUACAGGACAACCUGGAGUUCAAACUGGAGAAAAACAAGAUUCCCAAACCUCAGGGAGCAAAAACACCCACCCCACCUGUGUCAGGGAAGAGGCGCAAGUCACCUGACAGACCAAGCACACGAGGCUCAAGUACAUCUGCACGGGGGAAGAAGAAAUGAUAAAAUUUUAUCAUAUAAAUCAUAUUAAUGCUAGUUCACCUUUAUCCAUGGGGCAACCUACCUGCAUAUCUGUUUCUUUAAUACUGGGUAUUUAGGGAUAUUGCGUUAAAGUACGGUGGUU